AUGUUCAUCGCGCGAUCGGAAUAUGACCGUGGAAUCAACACCUUCUCCCCCGAAGGUCGUUUGUUCCAGGUCGAAUACUCUCUUGAAGCUAUCAAACUAGGUUCGACAGCGAUCGGUGUAGCAACAUCGGAAGGUGUCAUCCUGGGUGUUGAGAAGCGUGUCACUUCCACUCUCCUUGAAGCUUCCUCCGUGGAAAAGAUCGUCGAGAUCGAUCAGCACAUUGGCUGUGCCAUGUCCGGUCUGCAGGCAGAUGCCCGAAACCUCGUUGAGCAUGCCCGCGUCGAGUGCCAGAACCAUGCCUUCCACUAUGCCGAACCCCUGCGAGUCGAGAGUACCACUCAGGCCAUCUGUGAUUUGGCUCUGCGCUUCGGAGAGACUGGCGAUGAUGAGGAGACUGUCAUGAGUAGACCUUUUGGUGUUGCCUUGUUGAUUGCGGGGUUUGAUGAGGACGGGCCUCAGCUGUAUCACGCCGAACCCUCGGGUACCUUCUACAGAUACGACGCCAAGGCCAUCGGAUCCGGAAGUGAGGGUGCGCAGGCGGAACUGCAGAAUGAAUACCACCGCUCCUUGACGCUGGGGGAGGCUGAGACGCUAGUUUUGAAGACUCUUAAGCAGGUUAUGGAAGAGAAGCUGGACGCCAAGAACGUCCAGCUGGCCAGCGUGACCAAGGACAAGGGCUUCCGUAUCUACGGUGACGAGGAGAUGGGAAGAGCUGUCGCACAGCUUGGCGGCAAUCAAUAA